UGUCUACGCACACAGGGAGAAGCUCAAGUGGCCUGAGUUCAUUGCGGAGCAUGGUGCCAUGGACAACAAAUCACAAAUAUGGGCAGAGGGCAUGAAUGUAGAAGGGAACCUUGUGACAAAGGUCUCCAUUCUGUGCAAGCGAUGCCUUCCCAGCCAAGAGACGGAGGGGGACAUGACUGCGUGCUACGAGAUGGUGGUCCGCUAUGUGCGAGGUGUCAGCGCCCACCUUGAUCGCCGCCUGCUGGACCUGCAGAACCUGGAGGGGACUAAGCUGUUCCUCGACCCCACUUACCUUGCAGACGACAUCCUGCAUUAUGACGUCGACUGGUUCGACGUUGUGGCCAUCUUCCGCAAUGAGAAGCCAAGACGCCCAUUCAAAGACUUCACUGGAACUGUGGCUGGACAGGCACAGUUUGUGGACCUUGAUGAAGAGACGGACCCCGGCAACGCUAGGCCUGCUAGUGGAAGCACUUGAAAGGGACGUUGGACGCCCUGGUAGUUAGUCAGUGUGCUCUGACUUCCACCUAGUAGUGUGUUGCAGUGAUUAGGCCAUGGUGCUGGAUGAUGUGAAUCGAUGACCAUUGUGCUAGGUGAACCGUUGUA